GGUCUUGUAAGCACAAAGCACGAGCAAUGGUACCAGGUAAAGGCUCCAACAACGGCAUGUUUUUAAGAUAUUUAUGUAUUCUGUUCGUUGGCAUUCUCGCCUCCGGCUCGGUCAUUGCUGGUUCGUUUGUGGACGAUAUUGAUGAGAUGAUGAGGGAAAUCAUUCUCGAAGAAACUAAACGCGAAGACUCCAAAUCACAGAACCAUAAACGAGCCAAUGGAUUAAGCCAUUACGAAUACAGUGAGGUUCUCGAUCUGUCAAUACUUUUCUAUGAAGCCCAGCGGUCUGGUGCACUGCCAGAAACUAAGCGGAUACCGUGGAGAGGCGACUCGUUCGUUGGUGACCGUGGUAUAUCAAAGUACCACAACCUAACUGGGGGAUGGUAUGACGCUGGCGAUCACGUAAAGUUCGGCCUGCCAAUGGCGUAUAGCGCCACCGUCCUAGGAUGGGGCGUAAUCGACUACAAGGAUGCUUACGAAGUAGCAGGACUCAUGCACUACGUCCGCGACUCACUUAAAUGGGCUUACGAUUAUUUCAUCAGAUGUCAUGCUGCCACUUUUAAGUUUUACUACCAGGUGGGAGAUGCUGGGGCAGACCACCAAGUGUGGAACAGGCCAGAAGAUAUGGAGAUGGAUCGACCAGCAGAAUAUCUCGAUUCAGACUCAACAGGAAGUGACGUCUUAGGUGAAACCGCUGCGGCAUUGGCCACGUGUGCAAUUAUUUUCAAAGAUGUUGAUCCUACGUACUCAGCACUCUGUCUGGACGAAGCAAAAGCAUUAUACAAAUUAGCGAAAAAAUGGCUAGGAACAUAUCCAUCAAAACAUUACUAUGUAUCCACGUCGUUUGGCGAUGAACUGAUGUGGGCGGCGGCAUGGCUGUAUCGCGCAACUGAGGAAGAGGAAUACCUCACAGAAUCAGAGGCGUAUUAUGUAGAGUACAACGGCAGGGCGAAAGCAUAUGCGUUUUCAUGGGGCGAUAAAAGGCCAGGAGCGCAGGUACUUUUAUACCAGUUAACCAACAAGACACAAUACUCAGAGAAUGCUAAGAACUACCUAAACACAUGGUUACCAGGAGGCGGGAUAACCUACACCCCUCUGGGCCUUGCCUUUCGGCACACCUGGGGAUCACUCCGAUAUGCAACUUCAACGGCUUUCCUUGCAUUGAGAAUGGCAGACCUUGGAGUGAGAACUCCGGCUUAUCGUGAAUUUGGUGUAAAACAGGUGCACUACGCUUUGGGCGACGCUGGGCAUAGCUUUGUUGUAGGCUUCGGGAAAGAUCCACCAACAAGACCGCAUCAUAGAUCAAGCUCGUGCCCAGACCCCGGAAUUGAGUGUAAGAACUUCAACAGUUUCCUAUUUGACGGACCCAAUCACCACGUGCUGUACGGCGCACUUGUCGGUGGCCCUGAGUCUGAUGACUAUUGGUAUGACGACCGACAAGACUACAUGCUAAAUGAAGUAGCAUGCGACUACAACGCUGGAUUCCAGUCGGCAGUAGCAGCCCUGAAGCAUUUGGAAAUUACUGGCGAACUGGAUGAAUUGCAACUAUAGAAAUAAUAUCAUUAGUGCCGUAUGACGCUAACAUUUCCCGUAUGAUUUUGAAGCCAUUUAACAUUUUCAAUUUUCCCUAAUAUGUACUACUAGUAUAAGCCGGGGACUCGGAUAAAGCAUGAAAUAUGUAAACUUAUAGACGAUGCCUACGUUCAUUUGAAGCACCUUAAUCAAGAUCGACAUUUUAUAUUACGAUCUGAGUCACUAUCUGACUAUUUAGACAUCCAAUGCAACUCUUUUAACCUGUGGCCAAAGUUGUUAUUGUGACUUCAUUUAAAUCCGAAGGCAUAUCUCGCUCAGCUUCAUUGAUUUGUGAAGUGACCUAUAUUUUACGAACAUUUCGUAAACUUAAGAAGCCUACAAUACAAAAUAAAAACGAGCUUGCAAGAACCAUUCAAGGUUAAAUAUCUAAAACCUAUGUAUAAUUAUAAAUAAAUACUACCACGUCUUUCCUGCGAAUUACAUGCAUCUACGAAUAAACGGAAAUCCACAAUUGGCAAAGGAUUCACUAAAAUUAAUUAUUUCGAAAGUUAAUUCAAGUUGUAUGCAAAAAUGUAUUUUUUUUUUUACUUUCAAAUCAAUGUACUUGAGAUUUAUGUGUGCGACUUUUAUCAGAGUCCUCUACCCUGCAUCACCCGGAUAAAUAGUCAUGUAUGUAUGCAAGUAUAUUAGAAAUAGAAAAAAUAAAUACAACUCAACUAAA